AUGAAUAGAACACAUCAUUUAUUUAGAUUAAGAGGAUCCUCAAGAUCAUUUUGUUCAUCCACUCCAGUUACAAAACCAAAUAAAUUAUUUGGUAGUUUAUUUCCAAAUCCAACACCAAUAAAUCCAAUGAAAGAACAAAUUUAUUCAUUUGAAGCAAUUGAAAAUGGAACAUCAUCACCAAAGGGUACAACAUUUAAAAAUUCAUUAGAUCAACCAUUUUCACAAAACGUUUUAAACAAAAGUUUUUUAUACGAUGAAAAUGGUAAAAUUACAAUUGAAGAAGGUGAACAGAUGAUGAAAGAAUAUGAUGAGGACGACGAUUAUGGUGAAUCUGUCGACGAUCUCCAAUCUGAAAAAUUCAUUAACAAUAUUAGAGAACAAAGUAAAAACCAAUCAUUUGAAUUAUUUCAAUAUAAAAAAGAAACAAAAGCUUCAAAAGAUAUGGCAUACAUCAAUUUCCUUGAAAAGCAUGAAUUAAAUCCAAACCUUUUAUGCUUUCUAAUUCAAUCAGCAACAUCAGAGUCUGAUAAAAUUUUUGAAACCUUUAAAAAAAGUUUAUCCUUUGAAAUCGCUGAAUCAAUUUGUGUCCAAAUGCCUGAUAAUUCCUUAGCUGGUCGUACAGUAUCAACCGCUAUUUCUUUAAUUCCAAAAGAAAAUUCAAAUAUUGACCCACAAUCAGUUUAUAAAUCACUUUCAACAUUUGGUAUAACCUUAAAUGGUUUAAGAUUAAAAGUUUUAAAUGCAUCAAGUUUAAAGACAAUAUCAUUAUUUGGUUUAGAUAAAAAUUUACCUGAGGAAUAUUUUAGAGAUUAUUUUUCAGAAUCAUUUGAUCCAAAUAUGAAAGAUCCAAAAUUUUGUAGAAUUACAUUCUCAUCAAAAGUUUAUAAACCACAUUUGAUCGGUAAAGAAUCAUCACACUCUGGUGUUGCACAUAUUACAUUUGACAGUCAUUUAGUUGCCAUGAGAGCAAUAAAAGCAUUGUCCAAUUUACCAAUUUCUAGUUGGGUGGGUAUUAGUAGAUACGCUUACACUGAAGGUUCUGCCGCUGCAGAUUUAAUCACAAUUCUUGAAAGAAGGAGACAUAGACAAAUGGAUGAUAUUAAAUUAAUGAAAGAUAUUAUCGAUUUAAAAGCAAAAGUUAAAGAGUUGGAAAAUGAAGUAAAGAAACAUGAAGAUUCAAAGAAAAAGGGUUCAUCCAAAAGAUAUUUAACCAAUAUUUAA